AUGGUGGUAUUCCACAAUCAUAAAAUUAUCAUAAUGUAUCAUUGGCUGGUUUGGUGUCUAAUUUUUCUCACAAAAAUUGUAAGUUUCUGUGCUUUUUUAAGUAAUAACUUAGAAUAAAUAAAAAAUUAUAGGAUUUUUGUUCGAGCGAGAUUCGUUCUCAAAAAAUCGACCGAUUUGCAGUUCGAAAAUCGCAUGAAUUAAUGGAUGUUCUUAUAAAGAAAAAAGAGAACUUUUGGAGAUUCGAAGAAUUUUUCGAUGAUCAAUUUGAAAUGGAUUUAUGCAAUCGCACAGUUUAUAAAGGUAAAAUAAGUAGAUAUUAUUUAUUUAAAAAAAACAUUUUCUCAGAAGAGUUCAUCGAAAUGUUUGCUGAGAUCCCGAAUAUUCCCACCGUCAAGGUAAAUUUUAAAAAAUAGUUUCAUAAUUUGUCAGAAUUCUUCCAGUUUGAAAAAUAAUAAAUUUACAGUAUCGUAUGUAUAACGCAUUUUCCCAUUCAACUCUUCCAAUUAUCAAUUUCACAAUUCAUAUCGAAGUUCUUGGAGCACAUUAUGACGUGGAAAUUAGUUUGGAAACUUUGAAAAACUCGCAAAAGUUUUUGUAUUUCUCAUUGGCUAAUUGUCACAAUAUCAAAAGACAUGACAAUUUUGAUUUUUUGUUUUUGAAACCCUGA